CAUACAUCAACAUCUGCACCUUUUAACAAAGAUCAAAGCUGAUUGUCAUUGCAAGUUUUACUAAAAAAAAAAUCUUGUUAUCAAGCUCAUAUUGCAUCCUGUUCAUGUUGCAGCAUAGGGUCUAUUCGUGACAAUGAAUAUGAUUGAUGCUGCUGAUUUACAUAACGCCAGUAAUCUGACUGAAAUUACUUGGGCCCAUGCUGUCGAUAGUCAAAAAUUCCUAUCAGAUGUCCUACAAGGCGAUAUUGAUUUCAUAGAGGCAGACAUACUGCUUGGCUUUUUGGAAAAUGAUGCUAACAAAGAGAGCGAAAUUCCCAUCAUGGCGCAUCCUCCGGCAACAACAUCAGAUUUAUCGUUGGAAGCGUUUUUGACACAUAUACAAGCUUAUAACACCGCCGUUCAACCGUCCAAAGUAAAAGGAGUGAAACUAGAUUUCAAAUCAAUCGGUGCACUGGAAAAAUCAAUCGGAAUCAUUGGAAAAUCUUAUGAUAUGCAAAAAUUCCCAACAUGGAUCAACGCUGAUAUUCUACCAGGGCCGGUAAAUAACACGGAAACUAUUCCGGUGGAUCCGAAGCGCUUUUUUGAUGCUGUAAAACAACUUGGUCCUGCAGUUUUGUCUAUUGGGUGGACUACUAAAUGGAGUGAAUCUUCUACAGAUGGCCAAUACACAAGAGCUCAUGUUUCGCAGAUGAUAAAUGUUAUAAAGGACAACCGAAUCGAUGAGGCAGGAAAUGUCAUAACAUUUCCAGUUCGUGCCGGAAUAACUGCACACAGUUUGGAAUCGUUGGUUUACUUGUACUGCUCGGUGAAGGAAACGAACCCUGUGACAUUUACCAUUUGGUCGAGUGCAAAUGAUGCUGUGAACGUGGAAAAUCUGAGGAAAUUCAUAUUCACCAUAGGAUUGGAUAAAGUUUACGUUGACGUUCCAGAUGAGCUGAAUGAACAGUUGCGAUUGAAUGAUAAUCCCUUUGGAACUACAAAAACCGACAUUCGUUGUAACGAUUCAUAAAUGAAACAUUGGUAAUGUAACCAUAAUCAGC